GAAACAACACUAACCCUAAAUCAUUGAAUUCUUCACUUUGAAAGUCCAGAUUGUCAUUAAUAAGACAUUCCAUUACGGUCAAUAACAUAGACACAUCACUAGCUAAGUUAUUAACUAAGUAAUCAUGAGAAAUUAACAAUUCAUAACAAGAUAUCUUUCAGUAAUUCCACUAUAAACAUUUUCAAAUUUACUGUUUCAUUAGUACUGUUAAUGUUCUUCACUAUUUUCUCUUUAUGCAUUAUUGAGCCUUACGUGAAACACUGUUAGACCAGAUCAGAAACAGCAUACAUACGAGGAGAUUGUGUGGUGAACUUCUUGUAGAUUCUGGAUUACCGCUAUCUUCUGGAGUCAGAACAGAUCCCCAGAGCAACUUAAUAAGUGCAGAGAAGUCGAUGUUUGGAGUUAUAUACACAAUUUUUAGUGUUUUUCUGAUUGUUCAAGAAGUUUAGCAGAUCUACUUUCAAAAGUAGUUCCAUGAACUCGAUUGGUGCAAGUGAACUAUUCCAUCAGACUUGAACCAAAAAUCCACUUUGUUAUUGGUCCUUACAGAACUUAUUUCUGUCCCUUAUCUAAUAUCUUUGGAGAAAUCAUCCAAGACAAUUAACUUAGGGCGUAUAGACACAAGCCAUAUAACUCCGGUUUCUUCACUAAGAAUAUUUCACCCUGCAUUUUCGUGACAUUGGUUCAUUUCUUCGUGUGUUUUAUCUAACUCAACAUAUCACAUCUGUCCGGCUCGAGAAUUGGUAGCUGCGAAUUCUUGCACCUCUGAGACUAGAAUGUCCCGGGCUAACUACUGCAAUGGGCUUCAAGCCUGUAGCCUGUUUCUUCCAUAUUUAUUUGACAGAAAUUACCCCUCCCCUUGCUUCUCCAACUGACAGUAUGCCGUCGGAGAAUAACCCUCUCGUUACUCCUAAGCCUAUUUCCAUGCAUCGAAGUGCUUCUUUCGGGACACCUGGUGUUCAAGCAGAUCGAAGGAGUGCUAAACCAGACUUACCAAGUCCUGGGAGGUUUCCAAUAAAAGGAAGUGAGGAUUCUGGUCUUGGAACCAACACCAAUUUCAAUCCUGCUUCUGUUAGGCUUCAAACACACCCAAGCGUAGAGAUUCAACACACUCCACUGUCCAGAAAUAGUUCUUUCUUUGGCUCGUGCUCCAGCCUCCCCACUAACAAUGUGAUGUUACGGAAAGAUGGACGAGCAGUAACCUGGCAACAAGAAAUUGACGGAUUAGUGAAGAUGUUAAGUGCUGUGUACGCUAAGCUAUUAGUGGUGAUGGGUUUGUGUUUUCCACUAGCUGAAGUGAUAUCACACAAAAUUCCAACUUCUUACUAUGAGAAAAAAAAGUUUGAACAUGCUUCACACUGCGGCAGUUUUUACCUUCGCCUCGGUGCUGUAGCAUUUGGUAUUGGUAGCAUGAUCUAUUCUGCUCUGGAAUUUGGACAGUUUUUUGAAAUAGAUUCAAGCUCUCCUUGCUACAAUCUCUUGUACGGACUUACUCCCUGUACUCGAAUGACAUUCACUUUUAUCCAGAUGUAUUUCAUAUUUCUAAACUCAAGGAACCUGAGUGUCUGGCUGCACGUGCUGGUGCAGGAAACCAAACACGAGAUCGUAACUAUCAUCAAUCCAAAUCAUACUGACCUUAUCCCAUCGUUUGUGCUGGAGAUGAAAGAUAUGUUACAUGGAGAGCACAGUUUGGCGGAACGAUCAGUGGAUCAUGAAAUGUAUGUGGGUCAGGACUGUAGACGUACGAACAUCCUCGGACAGUUGGUCCAGGAUGCGAGUUCUUUCCUUUUCCCGUGUACCAUUGAGUACAGUCUAAUCUGUGCUGCCAUCUUGUAUAUCAUGUGGAAGAACAUCGGGAAGACAAACAGUCGAUCAGAGGGCUCUGGCAUCCAAUCUUCCCGUCAUCGAGAUCAUUACACCGUAGACUGUACCAAGGCCAACAAAGGGCUCUUCACGGGAAUCAUGGUCCUCGUAUCUGCUAUUAUAAGUUUGAUCCUUUUUUUUGUGUUAAUCAGUAAAGAAUCGUAUAAAAGCAUGGCAGUUAUGGAAGUUCACGUGGUGGAGCUCGCGCUUUACACGCUCACGUCCCUAGCCGUCGUUGUAGCACUAGUACAGGUCAGAAGACUGAAAUACAACCCCAACAGGAGUGAAGAGCUGGACAACAUCUUGUUGAUAAUAGCGCAGGGGGGACUAUAUCUUUUUACGAUGUUCAAUAUCAUUGGUGGACACUUCACUAUGGAUCAGAAUACGGUAUUGGUACUGUUGUCCGCACUAGCCUGCUUGAUCCAGGGCACUUUACAAACUAUUUUUAUUCUAGACGCUUCCCGUCGGUACUGUAGAAACAGUGACCAGAUGAGAAAAAAGCCGGGUCGCGAGAUGGUCACUUUUCUUCUGGUUUGUAAUUUUGCCAUGUGGUCCAUCAACACUUUAGAGACCCGCCGAGCAGACUCCAACCCAGUCCAGAUGAACUUUUACGGAUUCUGGGCUUGGACAAUCAUCACCCACGUCACUACCCCACUUACCAUAUUCUUCCGGUUUCACUCGACUGUCUGUCUGUGCGAUAUCUGGAAACGGAGUUAUAAAGUGAGAUCAGAUUUGUAAAGAAAUUCGAUGUUUCUACGAACUGAAACGGUUUCCGUCCAUGUAGAGAAAAGAAACUUGAUGACCGAAGAAAGAAACGUCCUGACAAACUCAGAGUUAGAAGAUUUAGUUCAUACACCUACAUAUACCUGACUGAUGGGAUUUAUUAAACAUUUGUUUAGAUUUACUCUUUAGAUGUUCGAAAACUGCCACCAGGUGUCGCAAUUAUAACAACUCAAAACUCACGAAACCAGAACUGUGCGAAUGGGAAACUUCACAAAAUAUUAUAUUUUACGUUAUUUAUAACAUUUCACUAAAAGUUAGUAAGUGGUUAAAAAAAACAAAUAAAUCCCAAAACAACGAUUUGUAAUGCGAAAUAUAUUACAGUUUUAACACGAUAAGAAACUGAAGAAUGUUACAUAAGGAUAGAAAACCUGCAAUGGGAAGGUUAAGAACAAAGAUCGCUACUUUCUCUGGUCCAGUUCUUGUUUAAGUCCAAGGUUCGAUCUGAUACCAGAGAUUAAUUUCUCUCUCUGUUUGAAGCUUGUACGUAACGUUGUUGCUGGAUACCACGCAGAACAAUAAUAUAAAACUGUUGGUUGAUGUUGUUGUUCAAGACAGCAUAUAAACUGUUGGUUGAUGUUGUUGUUCAAGACAGCAUAUCAAACUGUUGGUUGAUGUUGUUGUUCAAGACUCCAAGACAGCACAUAAAACUAUUGGUUGAUGUUGUUGUUCAAGACUCCAAGACAGUAUAUAUAACUGUUGGUUGAUGUUGUUGUUCAAGACUCCAAGACAGCACAUAAAACUAUUGGUUGAUGUUGUUGUUCAAGACUCCAAGACAGCAUAUAUAACUAUUGGUUGAUGUUGUUGUUCAAGACUCCAAGACAGCAUAUAAAACUGUUGGUUGAUGUUGUUGUUCAAUACUCCAAGACAGCAUAUAUAACUAUUGGUUGAGGUUGUUGUUCAAGACUCCAAGACAGCAUAUAUAACUAUUGGUUGAUGUUGUUGUUCAAGGCUCCAAGACAGCAUAUAUAUAACUGAUGGUUGAUGUUGUUGUUCAAGACUCCAAGACAGCAUAUAUAACUAUUGGUUGAUGUUGUUGUUCAAGACUCCAAGACAGCAUAUGAAACUGUUGGUUGAUGUUGUUGUUGUUCAAGACUCCAAGACAGCAUAUAAAACUGUUGGUUGAUGUUGUUGUUCAAGACUCUAAGACAGCAUAUGAAACUGUUGGUUGAUGUUGUUCAAGACUCCAAGACAGCACAUAAAACUUUUGGUUGAUGUUGUUGUUGUUCAAGACUCCAAGACAGCAUAUAAAACUGUUGGUUGAUGUUGUUGUUACUUUGCGCUAUUAAACCAAUCAACCAACGAACAAUCAUUGUCUGAGGACGAACCUGAGUUGCAACAACAAAGAUACUAGAAUAUUUUCUUCGAUAUAUUUUGUAUAUUACAACUAGGGAAGAGUGAUCAUAGUGGCUUAUUACAACUAGGGAAGAGUGAUCAUAGUGGCUUAUUACAACUAGGGAAGAGUGAUCAUAGUUGCUUAUUACAACUAGGGAAGAGUGAUCAGAGUAGAUUAUUACAACUAGGGAAGAGUGAUCAUAGUGGCUUAUUACAACUAGGGAAGAGUGAUCAGAGUAGAUUAUUACAACUAGGGUAGAGUGGUCAGAGUGGAUUAUUACAACUAGGGAAGAGUGGUCAGAGUAGAUUAUUACAACUAGGGAAGAGUGAUCAGAGUGGAUUAUUACAACUAGGGUAGAGUGGUCAGAGUGGAUUAUUACAACUAGGGAAGAGUGAUCAGAGUAGACUAUUACAACUAGGGAAAAGUGGUCAGAGUAGAUUAUUACAACUAGGGAAGAGUGAUCAGAGUAGAUUAUUACAACUAGGGUAGAGUGGUCAGAGUAGAUUAUUACAACUAGGGAAGAGUGGUCAGAGUAGAUUAUUACAACUAGGGAAGAGUGAUCAGUGUAGAGUAUUACAGCUAGGGAAGAGUGAUCAGAGUGGAUUAUUACAACUAGGGAAGAGUGAUCAGAGUAGAUUAUUACAAGUAGGGAAGAGUGAUCAGAGUAGACUAUUACAACUAGGGAAGAGUGAUCAGAGUAGAUUAUUACAACUAGGGUAGAGUGGUCAGAGUAGAUUAUUACAACUAGGGAAGAGUGAUCAGAGUGGAUUAUUACAACUAGGGAAUAGUGGUCAGAGUA